AUGCAAGUGGACAGAUCGCAGCGUUCUGUAUUUGUGGGAAACAUUUCGUAUGAAGUACCUGAGGACACAAUCCGCCAAAUUUUUUCCAAGGUAGGACAUGUCGUCCAUAUUAAAAUGGUUCAUGAUCGUGAAACUGGCAAGCCAAAGGGUUAUGGUUUCAUCGAGUUUCUCGACGUGCAGACUGCUGAACUGGCUAUCAGGAAUUUGAAUGGAUAUGAAGUGAAUGGUCGCCAGCUCCGAGUUGACAGUGCUGCAGGAGGGGAUCGUAGUGUUGAUGAGAUCCAACAAUUACAAGCUGCUCUGAGUGCCGCUCAGGUUGAAGAAAGUCCAUAUGGACCGGAACCCGAAGAAGGUCGUGCGCCUGAGGCGAUUUCUCGCACGGUAGCCUCACUUCCACCUGAGAAAAUGUUCGAGUUGAUGAAGCAAAUGAAGGAUGUUGUUCGAUCGAAUCCAAGUGAAGCAAAGCAAAUGCUUGUACAGAAUCCACAACUUGCUUACGCCCUCCUCCAGGCCCAAGUUGUCAUGCGCAUCGUCGAUCCACAAGUUGCCAUUGCAAUGCUUCACAGAGAGCCAGCUGCUUCUACAGUGCCUGCCCUAUGGCCCCAUUGCCAGCCGUUUCGCAACCUGGCUAUGCCGCUCCACCUCAGCAAAUGUACGCCUCGUCCUGGACCACCACAGCCACCACCGCAACCAGAAAUCACACCAGAUGAACAGCAUAAUGCGGAAUUGUUGGUGCAAGUCAUGAGACUCACAGAAGCAGAAAUCGCCAUGCUACCACCGGGUGACAGAGAGAAAGUGAUCGAGUUGCGUAAUCAGCUGCGGCAGAGUGUGUGA